AUGAAGUCCACCCACAAUGACCAGUUCUGCAGCACAUGGGGAAACUUCCACUUUAAGACUUUUGAAGGAGACUUCUUUCAGCUCCCCUCCACCUGCACCUAUGUCCUGGCUUCUGACUGCAAGGACAGUUACGAGAGCUUCAAUAUUCAGUUCCAACGACAGAAUGAAAAUGGAACCACCAUCAUUAAAAAGAUCACAAUAAAACUGGAUGGGAGAGUUGUGGAGGUAGACUGCACUGGCGUCAGUGUCGAUGAUAAAUUUGUUCCUCUUCCAUUCAGUCAGCAUGGUAUUUCUAUUGGAAAAACUAUGGACAAUAUUAAAAUCAAGGCAAAACUGGGUUUGACAAUCACUUGGAAUAAAGAAGACAGUCUCUGGAUUGAGCUGGAUGAAAAAUUCAAGAAUGAGAUGUGUGGCCUGUGUGGUCAUUUCGACAGUGUCCAAGAUUUUGAAACAAAGGCUGAAGCUAUUGAGGAACUUCGGAAGAACUGGAAACAGGAAUGUCCUAAUGAUGAAGUAAUCUUUACGCCAGAUGAUCAAACGUGUGCAAAGCAGAAAGACCUCUGUGAGAACUUGCUGACGGGGCCUGCUUUCCUCAGCUGUCAAGAUCUGCUUGACACCGACUCCUUCAUCAAAGCCUGUGUGCAGGACCUGUGCUUCUGUAACAGCAGCACAUCAUGCCUGUGUUCAACUGUGUCAGAGUUUUCCCGUCAGUGCGCUCAUGCAGGCGGGGAACCACAGAAAUGGAAGACAGAACAGCUGUGUGCAAAACAAUGCCCUUUCAACAUGGAGUAUCAGGAAUGUAGCAGUCCCUGCACUGACACCUGCAGCAACCCUCAGAGAAGCCAAGUGUGUGAUGAUCACUGCGUGGAUGGAUGCUUCUGUCCACCUGGGACUAUCUUUGACGACAUCAGACAGAGUGGGUGUGUUCCUGUUGGCCAGUGUUCCUGCUUACACAAUGGCAAGCCAUACAAACCAGGGGAAUCAUACUCUAAGGCUUGUAGAAAAUGCACCUGUACCCAGGGACAGUGGGACUGUAAGGACACGGAUUGUCUCAGUAUCUGCUCUGUGCUGGGUGGAUCCCACAUCUCCACCUUUGAUGACAAAACAUACACAUUUCAUGGAGACUGCUCUUAUGUUCUUACCAAGGAAAUGAAUGGGAUUUUUACUGUCCUUGGUGAUCUGAAUAGCUGUUCCAGAUCAUCCAAAUCAACUUGCCUGACUGCAGUCACUCUUCUACUGCCUAAGCAAAGGAUGUUUGAAGUUAAAGCAGACGGACAGCUUUGGUAUAACAAAAUGAUGGCACAACUGCCACUUUUCACAGAUGAUGUAACCAUUUUCAGACAAUCAUCAUUCUUCAUUGUAAUCAGCACCUCCUAUGGACUGCAUCUGGAGAUUCAGUUGACACCAAUCAUGCAGGUUUACAUCAAAGCCAGCAUGUCCACUAAAGGCAAAGUAAUGGGUCUUUGUGGAGAUUUUAAUGAUGUGGAAGCUGAUGACUUCAAAACUAUGAAUGGACUGAUUGAAGGAACAUCUGGGAUAUAUGCCAACACAUGGAAGACCCAAACAAGCUGCCCUGAUGUAAAAAACAUAAUGGGGGAUCCCUGUAGUCAUAGUGUUGAUUUAGAAAAAUAUGCCAAACACUGGUGCUCCAUGCUCUCGGACCCAAAAGGGGUUUUCUCCAAGUGUCACUCUGAAAUAAACCCUGAAGUUUAUGAAGAUUCUUGUGUUUAUGAUACCUGCACCUGUGUGGAUAGUGAGAAGUGCAUGUGUGCUGCUUUAUCCUCCUACGUUCAAGCAUGCGCCGCUGAAGAUGUCUCCCUGAGUGGAUGGAGGGACGUCGUAUGCAAGAAUUACACAACUAGAUGCCCAUCAAACCUUGUGUAUGGCUACCAAAUGGAAAGCUGUGGGCGCACCUGUCGCUCUCUAAGUCAAUCAGACUUAACAUGUAAGGUUAAAAGUACUCCACUUGAUGGCUGCGGCUGUGCUAAAGGAACAUACCUAAAUGAGGAUGGAGAGUGCGUGUCAGCCUCAAAAUGCCCCUGUUAUGUGGACGACACAAUGGUAGCUCCAGGCGGUGUGAUUAAGGUCCACAGACAAAAAUGGGAUCCAGCUUUGUCUGAGGCGUCCUCGCUCAAAGACGAGGUUGUGCUCACUGAGUUUGUUCAUGCAUGCACCAGUCCAAUGGUAUAUUUCAACUGCUCAAGUGCAACGCCUGGUGCAACAGGAUCAGAGUGCCAAAAAAGCUGCCAAACACCGAAUCCAGAAUGUGGCAAUAAAAAGUGUAUCUCAGGCUGUGUGUGUCCAGCUGGCCUGCUGUCAGAUGAUAAAGGAGGAUGUAUUGCAGAAGAUGACUGUCCCUGCACAUAUCAAGGAGAGUCUUAUGAAUCUGGAAAGACUGUCACUGUAGACUGCAACACCUGCACUUGCAAAGGCAGAAAAUGGGAAUGCACAGAUCACCAGUGCGGUGCAACCUGUACCACAUAUGGAGAAGGACAUUUCAUCACAUUUGAUGAUAAGAAGUUCUCCUUUAUUGGUGACUGUGGAUAUGUUUUCGCCCAGGACUACUGUGGGGACCAAAUGAAUGGCACCUUUAUGGUUACAAGGGAGAGCAUCCCAUGUGGUUCAUCUGAAAGCAUCUGCUCCACUGCAAUCAAGCUCUACUUAGGGAACAAAGAAAUUGUUCUUUCAGAGGAAGAUAUUAAAGUAAUCAAACAAAGCAAAGGAGAUGACAUACCCUAUAAAGUUCACACUUCUGGUAUGUACCUUGUCAUUGAGGCAGAGAAUGGUCUUGUUCUCAUUUGGAAUAAAAAGACAACACUGAUGAUCAAACUCAGCUCUGAUUUCAAGGGAAAAGUCUGCGGUCUUUGCGGGAACAAUGAUGGGAAUGUAAAGAAUGAUUUCACCACCAGGAGCAAAGAAGUUGUGGUUGAAGCUCUUGUGUUUGGAAACAGUUGGAAAGUGGCAGCCACUUGUCCUGACGCAAAAGCACCAAAGAAUCCCUGCAGCCUAUACUCACACAGGCAGGCAUGGGCAUUGAAACACUGCAGCAUUAUCAACAGUAACGUAUUUGCUGCUUGUCAUUCAAAGGUGGAUCCACAAAACUACCAUGACGCUUGUGUGAAAGACACUUGUGCCUGCAAUACAGGAGGAGAUUGUGAGUGUUUCUGCUCGGCUGUUGCAGCCUACGCAGCAGCCUGUAAUAAGGCCGGGGCAUGUGUGAGAUGGAGAACUCCCACUAUCUGCCCUCUUUUCUGUGAUUUCUACAACCCUGAUGGAGAAUGUGAAUGGCAUUAUGAACCAUGUGGAAAACCAUGCAUGAAGACUUGCAGAAAUCCUUCAGGAAAGUGCUACAAUCAAAUUCCAGCAUUAGAAGGCUGUUAUCCGAGGUGCCCACCUGAAAGAUCUUACUUGGAAGAAGUAACCAUGAAGUGUGUGCCAAAAGAGGAAUGUGGCUGUUAUGAUACCAAUGGCAAGCAUUAUAAAGAAGGGGAGCUUCUACCUUCAACAGAAAACUGUUACGAAUGUUAUUGCUCUUCAACAGAAGCAAAAUGUAAUUAUAAUGUCCAAGCUUGUACCUGCUUAUACAAAGGGCGUACAUACUAUUAUGGUGAUACAAUAUAUAACACACAUGAUGGAGAUGGCACCUGCAUCACAGCAAAUUGUGGAGAAAACGGAAAUAUUUCAAGAAUAUUUAAGCCUUGCACAUCAUCACCCACAACGACCAAAACACCGACAACAACAGUCUUUACUUUUGACACAAGUGUCACUGCAAAGACUACAACUCCAAAAGUGUCAACUGAGGCUGUAGCCACAAGCACAGAGAAACCCACAACAACCACAGUGGCAGAAACACCCACCACAACAACCACAAGCACAGAGGAACCUGUUACAAGUGCUGGAACCAGUGAAAAACCCACCACAACCACAGCUGGAGUUGUGACAAAGCCAGUGGUUACAACUGAACCAUCAACAGGACCUGUUGUUAGUGUUACAACUGCAGUCACAGAGAGGCCCACCACAGCACCCACAACAACUGAGAGACCUACCAUAACCACAGGGAAGGUCACAGAAAUAUCCCCCACAACCUCAAGUGGAAAACCCAGUACAUCCGCAGCCACAGAAGAACCCAGCUUCACAACAGCCACAGAAAAGCCCACCACAACCACUACAGUCACUGAGAAACCCACCACGAUAGCCACAGGAGAGCCAGAAACUACGGCUACCACCACCCCCAAGGAACCCACCACAACACCCGAAGACUGCUUUGAAUGUUCUUGGACAAAAUGGAGCAACAAUAGUUAUCCUACAUCUGGGCCCAAAGGUGGUGACUCUGAAUCUAUUGAUGACAUUCCUAACCUAAAUGUUUGCAGCAAGCCUCUGGAAAUAGAGUGCAGAGCAAGCGAGUAUGAAGACACACCUCUGGAAGAGCUUGGUCAAAAUGUCACAUGUGAUCCAUCAGUUGGUUUAAAAUGUAACAACAAAGACCAACGUAAUCCACCUCCAUUAUGUCAUGAUUAUAAAAUACGCGUCAAAUGCUGCAUCAAUAAAUGUGCAACAUCAACUGCAACAACAUCCUCAUCAAGACCAAACACAGAAACCUUACCUCCGACCACAACAACAACAUCAGGACAAACAACAGAACAGCCUGGCACUACCUCUGCUGCCAGCACAGAGAAACCCACCACAACAACCACAAGCACAGAGAAACCUGUCACAAGUGCUGGGACAAGUGAAAAACCCACCACAACCACAGUGGCAGAAACGCCCACCACAACAACCACAAGCACAGAGGAACCUGUUACAAGUGCUGGAACCAGUGAAAAACCCACCACAACCACAGCUGGAGUUGUGACAAAGCCAGUGGUUACAACUGAACCAUCAACAGGACCUGUUGUUAGUGUUACAACUGCAGUCACAGAGAGGCCCACCACAGCACCCACAACAACCGAGAGACCUACCAUAACCACAGGGAAGGUCACAGAAAUAUCCCACACAACCUCAAGUGGAAAACCCAGUACAUCCGCAGCCACAGAAGAACCCAGCUCCACAACAGCCACAGAAAAGCCCACCACAACCACUACAGUCACUGAGAAACCCACCACGAUAGCCACAGGAGAGCCAGAAACUACGGCUACCACCACCCCCAAGGAACCCACCACAACACCCGAAGACUGCUUUGAAUGUUCUUGGACAAAAUGGAGCAACAAUAGUUAUCCUACAUCUGGGCCCGAAGGUGGUGACUCUGAAUCUAUUGAUGACAUUCCUAACCUAAAUGUUUGCAGCAAGCCUCUGGAAAUAGAGUGCAGAGCAAGCGAGUAUGAAGACACACCUCUGGAAGAGCUUGGUCAAAAUGUCACAUGUGAUCCAUCAGUUGGUUUAAAAUGUAACAACAAAGACCAACGUAAUCCACCUCCAUUAUGUCAUGAUUAUAAAAUACGCGUCAAAUGCUGCAUCAAUAAAUGUGCAACAUCAACUGCAACAACAUCCUCAUCAAGACCAAACACAGAAACCUUACCUCCAACCACAACAACAUCAGGACAAACAACAGAACAGCCUGGCACUACCUCUGCUGCCAGCACAGAGAAACCCACCAAAACAACAACAAGCACAGAGAAACCUGUCACAAGUGCUGGGACAAGUGAAAAACCCACCACAACCACAGUGGCAGAAACGCCCACCACAACAACCACAAGCACAGAGAAACCUGUCACAAGUGCUGGGACAAGUGAAAAACCCACCACAACCACAGUGGCAGAAACGCCCACCACAACAACCACAAGCACAGAGGAACCUGUUACAAGUGCUGGAACCAGUGAAAAACCCACCACAACCACAGCUGGAGUUGUGACAAAGCCAGUGGUUACAACUGAACCAUCAACAGGACCUGUUGUUAGUGUUACAACUGCAGUCACAGAGCGGCCCACCACAGCACCCACAACAACUGAGAGACCUACCAUAACCACAGGGAAGGUCACAGAAAUAUCCCUCACAACCUCAAGUGGAAAACCCAGUACAUCCGCAGCCACAGAGGAACCCAGCUUCACAACAGCCACAGAAAAGCCCACCACAACCACUACAGUCACUGAGAAACCCACCACGAUAGCCACAGGAGAGCCAGAAACUACAGCUACCACCACCCCCAAGGAACCCACCACAACACCCGAAGACUGCUUUGAAUGUUCUUGGACAAAAUGGAGCAACAAUAGUUAUCCUACAUCUGGGCCCGAAGGUGGUGACUCUGAAUCUAUUGAUGACAUUCCUAACCUUAAUGUUUGCAGCAAGCCUCUGGAAAUAGAGUGCAGAGCAAGCGAGUAUGAAGACACACCUCUGGAAGAGCUUGGUCAAAAUGUCACAUGUGAUCCAUCAGUUGGUUUAAAAUGUAACAACAAAGACCAACGUAAUCCACCUCCAUUAUGUCAUGAUUAUAAAAUACGCAUCAAAUGCUGCAUCAAUAAAUGUGCAACAUCAACUGCAACAACAUCCUCAUCAAGACCAAACACAGGAACCUUACCUCCGACCACAACAACAUCAGGACAAACAACAGAACAGCCUGGCACUACCUCUGCUGCCAUCACAGAGAAACCCACCACAACAACCACAAGCACAGAGAAACCUGUCACAAGUGCUGGGACAAGUGAAAAACCCACCACAACCACAGUGGCAGAAACGCCCACCACAACAACCACAAGCACAGAGAAACCUGUCACAAGUGCUGGGACAAGUGAAAAACCCACCACAACCACAGUGGCAGAAACGCCCACCACAACAACCACAAGCACAGAGGAACCUGUUACAAGUGCUGGAACCAGUGAAAAACCCACCAUCACCACAGCUGGAGGUGUGACAACGUCAGUGGUUACUACUGAACCAUCAACAGGACCUGUUGUUAGUGUUACAACUGCAGUCACAGAGAGGCCCACCACAGCACCCACAACAACCGAGAGACCUACCAUAACCACAGGGAAGGUCACAGAAAUAUCCCCCACAACCUCAAGUGGAAAACCCAGUACAUCCGCAGCCACAGAGGAACCCAGCUCCACAACAGCCACAGAAAAGCCCACCACAACCACUACAGUCACUGAGAAACCCACCACGAUAGCCACAGGAGAGCCAGAAACUACGGCUACCACCACCCCCAAGGAACCCACCACAACACCCGAAGACUGCUUUGAAUGUUCUUGGACAAAAUGGAGCAACAAUAGUUAUCCUACAUCUGGGCCCGAAGGUGGUGACUCUGAAUCUAUUGAUGACAUUCCUAACCUAAAUGUUUGCAGCAAGCCUCUGGAAAUAGAGUGCAGAGCAAGCGAGUAUGAAGACACACCUCUGGAAGAGCUUGGUCAAAAUGUCACAUGUGAUCCAUCAGUUGGUUUAAAAUGUAACAACAAAGACCAACGUAAUCCACCUCCAUUAUGUCAUGAUUAUAAAAUACGCGUCAAAUGCUGCAUCAAUAAAUGUGCAACAUCAACUGCAACAACAUCCUCAUCAAGACCAAACACAGAAACCUUACCUCCGACCACAACAACAUCAGGACAAACAACAGAACAGCCUGGCACUACCUCUGCUGCCAGCACAGAGAAACCCACCACAACAACCACAAGCACAGAGAAACCUGUCACAAGUGCUGGGACAAGUGAAAAACCCACCACAACCACAGUGGCAGAAACGCCCACCACAACAACCACAAGCACAGAGGAACCUGUUACAAGUGCUGGAACCAGUGAAAAACCCACCAUCACCACAGCUGGAGGGAAGGUCACAGAAAUAUCCCACACAACCUCAAGUGGAAAACCCAGUACAUCCGCAGCCACAGAAGAACCCAGCUCCACAACAGCCACAGAAAAGCCCACCACAACCACUACAGUCACUGAGAAACCCACCACGAUAGCCACAGGAGAGCCAGAAACUACGGCUACCACCACCCCCAAGGAACCCACCACAACACCCGAAGACUGCUUUGAAUGUUCUUGGACAAAAUGGAGCAACAAUAGUUAUCCUACAUCUGGGCCCGAAGGUGGUGACUCUGAAUCUAUUGAUGACAUUCCUAACCUAAAUGUUUGCAGCAAGCCUCUGGAAAUAGAGUGCAGAGCAAGCGAGUAUGAAGACACACCUCUGGAAGAGCUUGGUCAAAAUGUCACAUGUGAUCCAUCAGUUGGUUUAAAAUGUAACAACAAAGACCAACGUAAUCCACCUCCAUUAUGUCAUGAUUAUAAAAUACGCGUCAAAUGCUGCAUCAAUAAAUGUGCAACAUCAACUGCAACAACAUCCUCAUCAAGACCAAACACAGAAACCUUACCUCCGACCACAACAACAUCAGGACAAACAACAGAACAGCCUGGCACUACCUCUGCUGCCAGCACAGAGAAACCCACCACAACAACCACAAGCACAGAGAAACCUGUCACAAGUGCUGGGACAAGUGAAAAACCCACCACAACCACAGUGGCAGAAACGCCCACCACAACAACCACAAGCACAGAGGAACCUGUUACAAGUGCUGGAACCAGUGAAAAACCCACCAUCACCACAGCUGGAGGUGUGACAACGUCAGUGGUUACAACUGAACCAUCAACAGGACCUGUUGUUAGUGUUACAACUGCAGUCACAGAGAGGCCCACCACAGCACCCACAACAACCGAGAGACCUACCAUAACCACAGGGAAGGUCACAGAAAUAUCCCACACAACCUCAAGUGGAAAACCCAGUACAUCCGCAGCCACAGAAGAACCCAGCUCCACAACAGCCACAGAAAAGCCCACCACAACCACUACAGUCACUGAGAAACCCACCACGAUAGCCACAGGAGAGCCAGAAACUACGGCUACCACCACCCCCAAGGAACCCACCACAACACCCGAAGACUGCUUUGAAUGUUCUUGGACAAAAUGGAGCAACAAUAGUUAUCCUACAUCUGGGCCCGAAGGUGGUGACUCUGAAUCUAUUGAUGACAUUCCUAACCUAAAUGUUUGCAGCAAGCCUCUGGAAAUAGAGUGCAGAGCAAGCGAGUAUGAAGACACACCUCUGGAAGAGCUUGGUCAAAAUGUCACAUGUGAUCCAUCAGUUGGUUUAAAAUGUAACAACAAAGACCAACGUAAUCCACCUCAAUGUUUGAACUAUAAAAUACGCGUCAAAUGCUGCAUCAAUAAAUGUGCAACAUCAACUGCAACAACAUCUUCAACAACACCAAACACAGGAACCUUACCUCCGACCACAACAACAUCAGGACAAACAACAGAACAGCCUGGCACUACCUCUGCUGCCAUCACAGAGAAACCCACCACAACAACCACAAGCACAGAGAAACCUGUCACAAGUGCUGGGACAAGUGAAAAACCCACCACAACCACAGUGGCAGAAACGCCCACCACAACAACCACAAGCACAGAGAAACCUGUUACAAGUGCUGGGACCAGUGAAAAACCCACCAUCACCACAGCUGGAGGUGUGACAACGUCAGUGGUUACUACUGAACCAUCAACAGGACCUGUUGUUAGUGUUACAACUGCAGUCACAGAGAGGCCCACCACAGCACCCACAACAACCGAGAGACCUACCAUAACCACAGGGAAGGUCACAGAAAUAUCCCACACAACCUCAAGUGGACAACCCAGUACAUCCGCAGCCACAGAAGAACCCAGCUCCACAACAGCCACAGAAAAGCCCACCACAACCACUACAGUCACUGAGAAACCCACCACGAUAGCCACAGGAGAGCCAGAAACUACGGCUACCACCACCCCCAAGGAACCCACCACAACACCUGAAGACUGCUUUGAAUGUUCUUGGACAAAAUGGAGCAACAAUAGUUAUCCUACAUCUGGGCCCGAAGGUGGUGACUCUGAAUCUAUUGAUGACAUUCCUAACCUAAAUGUUUGCAGCAAGCCUCUGGAAAUAGAGUGCAGAGCAAGCGAGUAUGAAGACACACCUCUGGAAGAGCUUGGUCAAAAUGUCACAUGUGAUCCAUCAGUUGGUUUAAAAUGUAACAACAAAGACCAACGUAAUCCACCUCCAUUAUGUCAUGAUUAUAAAAUACGCGUCAAAUGCUGCAUCAAUAAAUGUGCAACAUCAACUGCAACAACAUCCUCAUCAAGACCAAACACAGAAACCUUACCUCCAACCACAACAACAUCAGGACAAACAACAGAACAGCCUGGCACUACCUCUGCUGCCAGCACAGAGAAACCCACCAAAACAACAACAAGCACAGAGAAACCUGUCACAAGUGCUGGGACAAGUGAAAAACCCACCACAACCACAGUGGCAGAAACGCCCACCACAACAACCACAAGCACAGAGAAACCUGUCACAAGUGCUGGGACAAGUGAAAAACCCACCACAACCACAGUGGCAGAAACGCCCACCACAACAACCACAAGCACAGAGGAACCUGUUACAAGUGCUGGAACCAGUGAAAAACCCACCACAACCACAGCUGGAGUUGUGACAAAGCCAGUGGUUACAACUGAACCAUCAACAGGACCUGUUGUUAGUGUUACAACUGCAGUCACAGAGCGGCCCACCACAGCACCCACAACAACUGAGAGACCUACCAUAACCACAGGGAAGGUCACAGAAAUAUCCCUCACAACCUCAAGUGGAAAACCCAGUACAUCCGCAGCCACAGAGGAACCCAGCUUCACAACAGCCACAGAAAAGCCCACCACAACCACUACAGUCACUGAGAAACCCACCACGAUAGCCACAGGAGAGCCAGAAACUACAGCUACCACCACCCCCAAGGAACCCACCACAACACCCGAAGACUGCUUUGAAUGUUCUUGGACAAAAUGGAGCAACAAUAGUUAUCCUACAUCUGGGCCCGAAGGUGGUGACUCUGAAUCUAUUGAUGACAUUCCUAACCUAAAUGUUUGCAGCAAGCCUCUGGAAAUAGAGUGCAGAGCGUAUGAAGACACACCUCUGGAAGAGCUUGGUCAAAAUGUCACAUGUGAUCCAUCAGUUGGUUUAAAAUGUAACAACAAAGACCAACGUAAUCCACCUCCAUUAUGUCAUGAUUAUAAAAUACGCGUCAAAUGCUGCAUCAAUAAAUGUGCAACAUCAACUGCAACAACAUCCUCAUCAAGACCAAACACAGGAACCUUACCUCCGACCACAACAACAUCAGGACAAACAACAGAACAGCCUGGCACUACCUCUGCUGCCAUCACAGAGAAACCCACCACAACAACCACAAGCACAGAGAAACCUGUCACAAGUGCUGGGACAAGUGAAAAACCCACCACAACCACAGUGGCAGAAACGCCCACCACAACAACCACAAGCACAGAGAAACCUGUCACAAGUGCUGGGACAACUGGAGUUGUGACAAAGCCAGUGGUUACAACUGAACCAUCAACAGGACCUGUUGUUAGUGUUACAACUGCAGUCACAGAGCGGCCCACCACAGCACCCACAACAACUGAGAGACCUACCAUAACCACAGGGAAGGUCACAGAAAUAUCCCUCACAACCUCAAGUGGAAAACCCAGUACAUCCGCAGCCACAGAGGAACCCAGCUUCACAACAGCCACAGAAAAGCCCACCACAACCACUACAGUCACUGAGAAACCCACCACGAUAGCCACAGGAGAGCCAGAAACUACAGCUACCACCACCCCCAAGGAACCCACCACAACACCCGAAGACUGCUUUGAAUGUUCUUGGACAAAAUGGAGCAACAAUAGUUAUCCUACAUCUGGGCCCGAAGGUGGUGACUCUGAAUCUAUUGAUGACAUUCCUAACCUAAAUGUUUGCAGCAAGCCUCUGGAAAUAGAGUGCAGAGCAAGCGAGUAUGAAGACACACCUCUGGAAGAGCUUGGUCAAAAUGUCACAUGUGAUCCAUCAGUUGGUUUAAAAUGUAACAACAAAGACCAACGUAAUCCACCUCCAUUAUGUCAUGAUUAUAAAAUACGCGUCAAAUGCUGCAUCAAUAAAUGUGCAACAUCAACUGCAACAACAUCCUCAUCAAGACCAAACACAGGAACCUUACCUCCGACCACAACAACAUCAGGACAAACAACAGAACAGCCUGGCACUACCUCUGCUGCCAUCACAGAGAAACCCACCACAACAACCACAAGCACAGAGAAACCUGUCACAAGUGCUGGGACAAGUGAAAAACCCACCACAACCACAGUGGCAGAAACGCCCACCACAACAACCACAAGCACAGAGAAACCUGUCACAAGUGCUGGGACAAGUGAAAAACCCACCACAACCACAGUGGCAGAAACGCCCACCACAACAACCAUAAGCACAGAGGAACCUGUUACAAGUGCUGAAACCAGUGAAAAACCCACCAUCACCACAGCUGGAGGUGUGACAACGUCAGUGGUUACUACUGAACCAUCAACAGGACCUGUUGUUAGUGUUACAACUGCAGUCACAGAGAGGCCCACCACAGCACCCACAACAACCGAGAGACCUACCAUAACCACAGGGAAGGUCACAGAAAUAUCCCCCACAACCUCAAGUGGAAAACCCAGUACAUCCGCAGCCACAGAGGAACCCAGCUCCACAACAGCCACAGAAAAGCCCACCACAACCACUACAGUCACUGAGAAACCCACCACGAUAGCCACAGGAGAGCCAGAAACUACGGCUACCACCACCCCCAAGGAACCCACCACAACACCCGAAGACUGCUUUGAAUGUUCUUGGACAAAAUGGAGCAACAAUAGACAAACAACAGAACAGCCUGGCACUACCUCUGCUGCCAUCACAGAGAAACCCACCACAACAACCACAAGCACAGAGAAACCUGUCACAAGUGCUGGGACAAGUGAAAAACCCACCACAACCACAGCUGGAGGUGUGACAACGUCAGUGGUUACAACUGAACCAUCAACAGGACCUGUUGUUAGUGUUACAACUGCAGUCACAGAGAGGCCCACCACAGCACCCACAACAACUGAGAGACCUACCAUAACCACAGGGAAGGUCACAGAAAUAUCCCCCACAACCUCAAGUGGAAAACCCAGUACAUCCGCAGCCACAGAGGAACCCAGCUUCACAACAGCCACAGAAAAGCCCACCACAACCACUACAGUCACUGAGAAACCCACCACGAUAGCCACAGGAGAGCAAGAAACUACGGCUGCCACCACCCCCAAGGAACCCACCACAACACCCGAAGACUGCUUUGAAUGUUCUUGGACAAAAUGGAGCAACAAUAGUUAUCCUACAUAUCAUGCUGAUGGUGGUGAGUCUGAAUCAAUUGAUGACAUUCUUGAUCUAAAUGUAGAUGAGUGCGUUAAGCCUCUGGAAAUCGAGUGUAGAGCAAUGGAGCACAGACAUACACCUCUGGAAGAGCUUGGUCAAAAAGUCACAUGUGAUCCAUCAGUUGGUCUGAUAUGUGACAACGAUGACCAACUUUUUCCACCUCCAUUAUGUUAUGAUUAUGAAAUACGCGUCAAAUGCUGCAUCAAUAAAUGUGCAACAUCAACUGCAACAACAUCCUCAUCAAGACCAAACACAGGAACCUUACCUCCGACCACAACAUCAGGACAAACAACAGAACAGCCUGGCACUACCUCUGCUGCCAUCACAGAGAAACCCACCACAAAAACCACAAGCACAGCUGGAGUUGUGACAAAGCCAGUGGUUACAACUGAACCAUCAACAGGACCUGUUGUUAGUGUUACAACUGCAGUCACAGAGAGGCCCACCAAAACACCCACAACAACUACAAGAAAACCUGCCAAGUCAACUACUGAAAUGGAAGGAUCUACUGCUCCUGUAACAACAGAAGAAGCAAGCACCCUCUUUACACCCACAGAUCUGCCAACAACCCGUUGUUUCUGCACGUAUAUGGAUCAGAUUUUCUCUCCAGGAAGCCUCAUAUACAAUAAAACUGAUGGUGAUGGUUGGUGUUACACUGCAUACUGCAAUCUGAAUUGCCUUGUUGAGAAGGAUUCAAGACUAUGUCAGUCUACUACCCCACCAAGUUCUACCACUACCACAAGUUCUGGCAUUACAACACUAUCCAGCUCGACAUCUGCUGGUGCAGCAACCACAUUGAAGCCUUUCACAGACUGUUCGUAUCUUAAGCCGCCCCGAAAGAACGGUGACUCCUGGAGGUUAGACGACUGUAACACAGCAACAUGUGACAAUGGAAAGGUAACAACAGAGCAUGUGUCAUGUGCACCAGUGACAGUGCCUGUCUGUGAGAAUGGGCAGCCUCCAGUUAAGGUUUAUGAUGAAGAUGGCUGCUGUUUCCACUAUGAAUGCAGAUGUGUUUGCUCCGGCUGGGGAGAUCCGCAUUUUAUAACGUUUGAUGGCCAUUAUUACAGCUUCCAGGAAAACUGCACAUAUGUCCUAGUCAAAGAAAUCAUCCCUCAACACAAUUUUAAGAUUCUUAUUGACAAUGAAAACUGUAGAGGCACUGUAGAUGUGACUUGUCCCAAAUCUUUGAUUGUGUACUACAAAGACUAUGAAGUCAUUCUGACACAGGAUAGGAUUCCAAAGACAGUGAACAGGGUGUAUGUCAAUGGAAAGCAGGUAUUCCCAACCUACUCAAACGAUGACCUCAUCAUAACAAGCACAUCAAUUGAGCUGCUUUUGAGAAUCCCAGAAAUUGAAGCCAUUGUGAUGUUCAAGGGACUGUUAUUCAGUGUUGACCUGCCUUUUGCUCUCUUCCACAACAACACCGAGGGCCAGUGUGGUUACUGUGACAAUAACAAGAAAAAUGACUGCAGGUUACCAAAUGGCCAAAUUCAUCCAUCAUGUUCCGAGAUGGGACAUCAGUGGCAUGUACCAGAUAAGAAUAAACCAUAUUGUGAGGGGCCACGUCCUACACCAACACCGACAUCAGAACCACCACAACCCUGCAACACAGAUAUUUGUGAAAUAAUGAUCAGCAAGGUGUUUGAGGAAUGCCACAAAGAAAUACCACCAAAGUACUUUUAUGAGGCCUGUAAGUUUGACGUUUGCCACAUGACCACUUCUGAUGUCGGCUGUGCAAGUUUGGAGAUGUAUGCCAUGAUGUGUGCUGGAGCGUCAGUAUGUGUACCCUGGAGAAGUGCUACAAAUGGACUGUGUGAGUUUAAAUGUCCAGCAAAUAAAGUCUACAAACCUUGUGGACCAACUGUUGUACCAACCUGCAAUGCAAGAUACAAUGAGAAAUCAGCACAACAAUGCCAGGGAGAAAAUGGCAACCAGAAUCUUGCUUGUAAUGGAUAUAUGGAGGGAUGUUUCUGCCCAGAGGGAACAACAUUGUUCAGCUCAAAAUCUGACAUCUGUGUGACUUCCUGUUGCACUGGUCCUGAUGGUAAACCUAAAGAGCUUGGUGACUCUUGGAUGAGCAGCUGUCAGCGGUGCGUUUGUGAUGUUGACGGUGUUCAGUGUGAGCCACUCGCUUGUCCCACUCCAGAACCAGAGGUCUGUGAUGAAGAGGGUGAGGUGUUGGUGAGUCGCACAGUGGACUGCUGUGAGAGACUGAUAUGCGAAUGUGAUACAAGCCGCUGUACACUGCCAAAACAGAGGUGCCAGCUUGGAUUUGAGUUAGAGAUCCAGAUGUCAGAUGACAGUUGCUGUCCUUUGUAUGAAUGUGUUCCCAAAAAUGUCUGUAUCUUCAAUGAAACUGAAUACAAGGCUGGUAUGGAAUUCAACAAAGGCCCAUGUGAACAUUGCACAUGUACCGACAGAAAGGAGAUCGAUUCUCCAUUCAAUGCCAUUGAGUGUUACAUGCCAUAUUGCUUGGUCAAGUGUCCAGAGGGCUAUGAGACUGAACUCCAACCUGGACAAUGUUGUCCAUCAUGUAAAAAGACCAGCUGUGUGUUGGAGCUCCCAGGCUUGCCACCAAUAAUCUUUCAACCCUCUGAGUCUUGGUCUCCGCCAAAUGACAAAUGUACAAAGUAUGAGUGCCAAAAGGUGAAGGAUGACUUUGUAACCUCUAAAAAGGAAAUCUCAUGCCCUGCAUUUGACCCAGAGAACUGCAUACCUGGUACCGAGCAAAGCGACAAGAACGGUUGUUGUAGGACCUGCACCCCUCAUCACAGCUGUAAAAUGCACAGAAACACCACCUAUCUGCAGACUAAGAACUGCAAGUCAGCUGUGUCAGUGGAAAUCACAUCCUGUGUCGGAUCCUGUGGGGCGUCUUCAUCAAUGUAUUCUGCAGACAGUAACAGCAUGAUGCAUGAAUGCUCUUGCUGCCAAGAAAUGGCCACCAGCAAGAAGGAAGUGGAGAUGAUCUGUGAUGACGGCAGCAAAAUGAAGCACUCCUACAUUUCAGUGGACAAGUGUGGCUGUAACGUCGCCAAGUGUCCUCAGAACACCAAAGGCUAAGCUAGAUUGAGAAGAAAAUCUGACCAAAAGUCUUCUUAAACUUUAACAUUUCCUCUCUAAAAGCCUCAUAGAGAAUUAAGACACACUUCUGUGACUUUCGGGCCUAAAACUUCCUUCCCCCUCACUGUUUGCAUCCUGACUAAUCAUGUCAUCAGAUAUUCAUUUAUUAUCAGAGAGGGAGGCCUGAAUAUAGCAAUAUGAUAACAGCACAUAUUUGUGUCAUCUUUUCCCUGUAGGGUUUGAAGAGACUACUUUAUUUAAACUUCAUGUUGUGGUUAUUUCUGUUUAAAGGGUGUUUCUUCCUUUUACUGUGCAUGACUUGGGAGUUGAAAGACACAACUAUGAUUCAGAUAUACAAUGUAGCAGCUGUUCAACACUUAUCUCCUAAAGACAUUAAACAUAUCACAGUUAAGUGAACUAGUAAUUGAAUUAAAGGAAAAAUUUUCUGUUUGAGAUUUGAUUUGUGAAACUUCUACAAUUCUGAAUGUCCUCUGUGUCAUUAAAACCCAGGAUGUUUAAUUUCUGCUUUUUCAAAUUUACUUUG